AUGGCCUCCACAUCGGCCCUGCCUACUCCCUCGCGAGCGGCUCCAAACCCGCCACCAACAAGUGCUCUACCAACCCUCCCUAAUCCCAAGCCUCGCAAAAGCACUACCUCAGUAUUGUCGUCGGGUGGGGACUUGCCCCGAGCGGCUUCACCACAACUUUCAAAACUGCGCUCUCCAUCCAGCCCGAGACCCCCCUCUGCGGCCCGUUCCCCCCUCUCGACCUCCAAUUCCACCUCCAAUCUCAGCUCGGUGCGCUCUGCCUCCAGCGGGGGCGCGCCGGGGAGCCCUGAAAAAACUCUGCGCCGGACGAUCAGCAUCGCCUCAUUUCCACAGCCGCCCAAAGCUCCAACGCGCCCGUUGACUGCCUCGACUGUCUCGGGCAUAUCUGGUUCCAGCGGCAGCGCGAAGCCGAAGCGAAGCUCGCGACUUUCCACCGGCACCACUAGCAGUUACCGCAGCUCCAAGACACCCUCCCUGCUGAACGGCAACGGAGAUGGGAACUCCAUCAUGAACGCGCGCGACCCUGAGGGAUCCCCUUCUCACAGCCGAAGCUCUUCCGCCCAAGGCUCUGUUUCGACGAGUGCGACUACGUUCGAAGAUGAUAACGAGACCAGUGGAGCGAGCACGGUCAAGUCGAGCUCCAGACCGAAGGAGUCGAAGGGGAAUGUGAUUGUGAGUGUACGUGUGCGGCCGGAUGGCAAUGCGGGUGAAACCCCGCGCAAUCACGGCGAAUGGUCCGUAGACGGACGGAAGAGUCUCAUUUCCCACCGCGCGAAGGAUGGAGGUGACUACUAUUACGAUAAUGUCUUUACGGCAAAUGAAAACAAUGCCAAAGUUUACGACUCUGCGGCAAAACGGCUGGUUCGGCGGGUCAUGGAGGGCUACCAUGGAACCGUUUUUGCGUACGGUAUGACCGGUACUGGAAAGACCUUCUCGAUGCAAGGCACCGCGAGCUCGCCCGGUGUUAUCCCGCUCGCUAUCACCGAUAUCUUCUCGUUCAUUCGUGAAACUCCGCAUCGGGAGUUUCUGCUGCGGGUCAGUUACCUUGAAAUCUACAACGAAAAGAUCCAUGAUCUGCUUUCUGCUCCUCCCAAUACGAACGGAGGUGCUCCUGCACCCCAGGAGGAGAUCAAGCUCCGUGAGGACAGCAAGCGAGGCGUAUAUGCGACGCCUCUGAAAGAAGAGAUUGUUCAGAGUCCAACCCAGCUUCUGCGAGUUAUCGCGCGCGGAGACCAUGCCCGGCGGACUAGCAGCACCCAGUUCAACGCGCGCAGUUCUCGAAGUCACGCUGUUGUGCAAAUCGUCGUCGAAAGUCGAGAGCGUGUGCCUUCCAGCAACUCGCAGGAUAAAAGAUCUGGAAUCGCGCCUGGCGGUGUUCGCGUAUCAACUCUGAGUCUGAUUGAUUUAGCGGGCUCCGAGCGUGCAGCCGAUGAUAAGGAGCGCCGAACCGAGGGUGCGCAUAUUAACAAGAGUUUGCUCACUUUGGGCAAUAUCAUCUCGAAGCUAUCUGAUGCGAAGGACAAGCAAGGAAACGCCGCCGAUAAAGAAGGCCGGCACUUGCCUUAUCGAGAUAGCAAGUUGACCAGGUUGCUCCAGGGCGCGCUUUCCGGUAACUCUCUUGUUAGUAUCCUCUGUACGAUCCAAUUGGUAUCUGGAGUGAACGCCACGUCUGGCGAAACUAUCAACACUCUCAAGUUCGCUGCGCGAGCCAAAAACAGCAUUGUCAGCCACGCGAAGAAGGCCGAGGAAGCAUAUGGUGCCGGCGGCGGCGAUGGCAGCCGUGUUCUGCUCGAACGCUAUCGCAUGGAGAUCCAGAGCCUCCGGACCCAGCUUGAUUCCCAGGCCAAGGCACAGCAAGAGAAGGAGCUCAAAUGGGACGAGCAGAAAUUUGAACAAGAGGCCCAGGUUCGGCAUGAGGAGCAGGUACUGGAAAUGCAACUGGCCCGUACGGCCCUCAAGGAACGGAUCGAGCAUCUCAACCGUCUCAUUCUGAGCUCCAAAUCCACUGGAGUCAACAAUCAUAACAGUCUGUCCUCUGCCUUUGGGCGUCUUUCAAGAAUGUCCGGCACUGAUGCUGGCACUCGCUCCCUUCGGUCGUCGGCUAGUCACUCUACCCUGGGUGCCCACACAUCCUCGAUUCGGCCGAUGUCCUUUAUGUCCACGAACAGCACCGACACCGCAACAACAUACCCCGGUGGCUCAUUUCAGGACGAGGAUGAGGACAUGGGUGAAUUCGGCGAUGGCAGGGCCAGUCUCCAGCGCCAAGUCGCAGCAUUGCAGGCCGAUUUGAGCGACAAGAACCGAUACAUCUCGACCCUUGAGCGACGCCUUCUUCAAGCUCGACGGUCGAGCAAUUCCCGCGCGUCGUCCAUGGGUGUCAAGACACCCUCCAGCGCAACCAUUGCUGAGUAUCCGGACAUGACAACCUUGCUGCGCGAGAAGGACCACGAGAUCAACGAGCUCCGGAUCCAGCUUGAUGACAAGGAUCGCAUGCUCUCUGCUCUGAGAUCCGCUGCCCGACACCGUGAUGCCGCUGUUACCAACGAGGCCCAAUCUCCCGAGAUGAAGAGUCCCCGAGAGUCCAUUGCAUCGGAAAUUCACGGCCCAAUUGAAUCCGGUGGGGGAACGCAUAGAGUGUCGAGUCCCAGGGUGUCGAGUCCCAGAGUGUCGAGUCCCAGGAUCUCGAGCCCACGGGCCGUUUCCGCGCCUCAUAAGACCGAGGCCACAGACAAGGAGAAGGACAAGGAGGAAGACCGUACCAAGAAUAUGGAUGAAGUCUCCCGAAUGCUCGACGAAAUGAUUCAGAUCGGGCAUGUGAAGCGCGGCUCGAUCGACAGCCGACGUGUUUCUACUGCCGAGGUCUCUGCUCUCAAUGCAGCCAGGUCGACUCCUACACCAACUCCAAAGAUGCCUGCGCCUGUUCCUCCGGUUCCUGCUCCCUCAGAGUCUAUCACCCCCAAUUUCGCCACUGCCCCGAAUUCCCCCCCCACUGUAAUUCCACGAGGUCUGAAGCUACCUCGUUCUUGUGCUUAUACUGACGCUUCUCUAUUAAUCUGA